CUUCAACAAUUCAUAUUCCAGUGACUUCAAGAAGGUAGCAACGUCAUUAACACAAAUACCUGUAACAAUAUUUGUUUUAUAUUUAAAAAUACACCUAUAAGUAAAAUGAAAAUAGAAAAUCGAUGAAGUUCGCAGUAAAUAAAUUUUUUCAAUUUAUCAAUAAUUAGUACGACAACGUAAACAGGUUCGAAUUAGUUCUGAAUACUUUCGUUGGAACAUUAUCAAGUUUUGAAAAUUGCGCUGGUUGUAAAAUUUCAUGUGUGCGGUGGCAAAUACGAUAAGAAUCGUUUUGAUGAGACAGUGACGUGUUAUCACAGAGGUACCGGUGCAAGUUCUUGCGCUUGAUAUAAGUGUAAUCUAACACAAGACAACGGAAAAAAGUGAAUACAUCUAGUCAUUAAUUUUGAUUUUUGAAAUGGUGACGAAUAGGAAAAGUGUCGCGAAGGCUUAUGCAUCUUGGUUUUUCGGAGGAAUAUUCGGACUCCACCUGUUUUAUUUGGAAAGGGAUGCUCAUGCCUUCUUGACCUGGAGUACUUUGGGAGGUUACGGUUUAGGAUGGCUUGCCGAUGUGACAAAGAUCCCAAGGUAUGUUAGGGACUGUAACGAGGAUCCAAGAUAUAUGGAAGAAUUAGCUUUCAAAAUGAGGUACAAUCAAAAGCCACCCCAUUCAACGAGUAGAUUCAUAUCUGCUUUGAUGGUAGGGUAUCUUUGGGGACAACUUGUUAUGAUUGCUAUACCAGAAGAAGUCGUCGCAGGAAUAGAUUGGAAUUUUAUGCACUGGUUUAUACCUUUUGCUGUCGCACUAGGAGUUUGGGUGGUUGGCAACAUAGGACGAGAACAAGGGGGAAUUUGGCCAACAAUAAUUGUCUCCUAUCUUAGCUACGUAUCCAGAUGGUACUUUUAUGACAUCAGUACGUGGCUUACUAUUGUGACGUUCUUCGCAGCUAUGGCCUUCAACUGGUUUUCGAAAGAAUGGAGGAGGAAACCUAGAAAACCAAAAUCCACUACUAAGAGGAUUAUUACAUUAGCCCUUUGCGCUACACUAUACAUUGCUCUAUGGUCGUCCUACUUCUAUUUCAAUGGUAAAAUAACAGAUACCAAUGGGGAUGAGAUCCCAGUUCAUGAAGCAAUUCACCACUUCUUCACAUCACCAUGGUGGACUGAUUUGAAGCAGUCCCUCGUUGAUGUCUACCAAUAUGCACAACACCACGGAUGGUACGAAAUAUGGAAGCAGGUUAUAGAAUUGUCCGAUCCGCAAGGAGAACAAAAUGCAUACAAAAUUCUCGGUGUUAGUCCUACGGCUAGUCAAACUGAAAUAGCAGCCAAGUUCCGAUCCUUGAGCAGGGUAUACCAUCCUGAUAAAGUGAAAGAUCCAAAUCUUAGAAGGGAGGCAGAAGAACGAUUUAUGGAAAUCAAACAAGCCUAUGAUACCUUAUCAUCGAUAAAGAAAAAAAGAUUAAGAAAAAAUAGAAAGUCUGUGAUGGACGAAGAAUAAAAAAUAGAAAACUGA